CAAAGACACUGGAAAAUGUAAAGAUACAAAGAUAUGUGAACCGAUAAAAUCGUGUUGAAUGCGCAUUUAGAUUUGAUUUACAUAAUGACUUCCUGGUUCGGUGAAAACAGGAAAGACAGGUUUUGAAAUUAAUUUCACGUCAAGAUUGGUUGCACAGGUAUUGUAAAAAAAAUUCUUUUACGCAGGUGCAUUUGUGGACGCAAAGUGUUGUUUACAUUGCAUAUGUGUCAUUUGUUUGUACACGAACUAAUGUAAGGUCUGUUUUACAGAGUUAUGGGAUUCCUUAUACUGAAUGUGUUGUUAUAUAUCGCACAAAUUCAAGGGUUGGAAAAUCUAGCACUUCAUCAGCCAACUUGGGAGCAGUAUCCUUGGCCAGAUAAAAGUAGAGACUUUGGUAGUGAGAAUGCUGUGGAUGGUAUGUACACUGAUCGUGGAACUGGAGGUCAGUGUACAAUUUCUGAUGACGGUAAAUACACAGCAACAUGGACAGUAGACCUUGGAAGAGUUGUCAGCAUUAGACACAUAGACAUCUACUUUUUGACAUAUAACCACAAGAAUAGUGAAAAUUUUAGGAGAAUUGCAGGCUUCUUUGUCUAGAUAUCUAACACAACCUCUAAAGACGAUGGCUAUAUCUGUUAUCACAAUGAAUCAACUGACUAAAACAUGAUGUCAGAAGAUCAACACAUUAAUUGCACUCUUUUAGGACGAUACAUUAUAUACUACAAUGAACGUAGGCAGGGUGUUGUGUAUCCGAGCUUCUAUUCAGAAUAUGCUUAUA